CAGCAGAUACGGUAUGACAUGCUUUUCAAGCCAACAUUAUUGUGAACGGUUCUCAUCAUGGUCAUCCAGAGGAAUCAGUAACCAAGUUGGCCGACAAUGAAUGAAUGUUAGGCUACGCACGCACGCGUACGCAUUCGCCGUGUUCUAUUAGCGUAGCGUGACUUUAUGCAAGAAGAAGAAAGUCACCAAAAAAUUAAAAUUUAUGCUUGACUCUUUCCUUCAUCAUUGGAUUUGAAUGACGUUUUGAUGAACUUUAUCAAUCAAAGAGGCUUGUUCGCUUCCAAGUCGAUAUUCAGGGCUUUGCCCAGGCCUUCUCAAGUCCGCUUCUCACGUUCAAAUGCAUUACAAGGAACAACAGACAAAAAUGUGAUCACAGAUAAGAAUGGAAAAGUAGUCCUUUAUCGAGGUCCACCGGCAAUGAAACCUUGGAUCUAUUACUUCAUCGGUGGUACAUUUAUGGUGAUUGGAGUUGAAUUGGCUUAUGAUGUUUAUAAUCACUUUUGCUGGCCUUUGUUCUCAAAAGAUCCGAAUCGUAAACCUGAACUUGUUUCUGAAAAGAAACGAACUGUUGGAGCUGUCUUGGCUGGAACGAUUGGUCUGAUAACGGCUUCUCUCUUUUUCAUGGUUCCCAGCUCAAACAUUACUCGCUUAACUCUCGAUUUGCCAAAGCGUCAAUUGAUCUUACGUACUGCCGUUCGUGGAUUUUCAGCCCUUCCACCUCGUGCAAUUUAUCCUACCGCCCUUCGAAAGACUGCCGAAUUACGAGGUUUCUAUCUAACACCUUUCAAUAACGAACGUGUGGUUCCAUUAGCAAGCGUUUAUCGUGUUCGUGGAAGUGCUUCUCCUUUAUCAGGUCCUCGAAACGAUUCAGGAAGUGGAUCGCAAAAAGCAAUCUUCGUACGACAUAAAGGCAAUAACAGCAAAACUGUACAACGAUACGAUAUACCUACUCACUACAAACACUCUAUCGAAAUCAGAGUUGGAGAAGGUCGGUUUUGGUACACGAUCGAAGCUUUUGGUGGUGUACCGAUCGAUCAAUUUGUCAAAAGCAACACCUCACGCUAUGCCCGUUUCUGGCAACGGAUAUCCUACUGGAUGCGGGGUAGUACGGAUUGGACAGACGUGAGCAAAGAGGAGAUGGAGGCCAUUCUCUCGGAUUCGUCUGCUCCAGGCAAGGAAGCUUCUCCUUCAACUACCAAAUUAGGACCUAAACAACCUUGGUUUUCUGAUCGUCAAACAUUUGACGAUGUUAUUCCGCUUGUAAAACGUAAAUGAAAGCAAAACAAUCUGUAUAUUAUAACAAAAAAUUAUUGAAUCGCAUAAAUGAUGGAAGAAAG